UAUAAAAAUUUGGGAUCUGGAGAGCGGAGAGGGGGGUUUCAUGGUGGCAAUCAUUUUUGCGCUUCUGAAAAAAAAAAAUUCGAUUCCCUUUUCGGACGUUUUUGUCGAUUUGAUUUGGUUUUGAUUUAAUUAAUGUUUCUUCAAAUCUGACGACGCCAUGAGGAAGAAGCUCGAUACGCGUUUCCCUGCUGCCCGGAUCAAAAAAAUUAUGCAAGCUGAUGAGGAUGUUGGCAAGAUAGCAUUAGCAGUGCCCGUUUUAGUUUCAAAAGCAUUAGAGUUAUUUUUACAGGACCUUUGUGACCGUACAUACGAGAUAACUCUCCAAAGAGGAGCUAAAACCAUGAAUUCAGUGCAUCUAAAACAUUGUGUACAGAGCUACAAUGUGUUUGAUUUUCUAAGGGACAUUGUCAGUAGGGUGCCUGACUAUGGUCAUGGUCAUUCUGAUGCUGCUGCUGAUGAUCGAGCCAUCACAAAGAGAAGAAAACCACCAGGUGAUGAAUGCAUUGACAGUGAUGAGGAGUUGAAGAGGAGCAAGAUGCUUGAGGUGAGCCAUGGAAGCAGUAGUGGCAGGGGAAGAGGACGGGGUCGAGGACGAGGCCGUGGACGCGGUGCUCGAACUACUGAAAGAGAGCCUGUGCAUCAUGAGACUGAAUCUGAACCUUGCACAUCUCUUCAGCAGAGCAGCAAACUUAAUAUAAACCCUGGUAUGGCGGUGGACGAUGUUUCUGAGUCAAAGGAGUUAUUGAAGGAAAAUGUCAGUGUCCCUGAUGAAUCUGAUCCGACAGUUAGAAAUUUUGACUUGAAUGCCGAUGUACAUGAGAAUGAGGACACAAAAGCUGCAGCGGCAGCAGCCCAAGCCUCAUCCGCGGCAGCAGCCCAAGCCUCAUCCGCGGCAGCAGCCCAAGCCUCAUCCGCUGCACCUACUUCUGAGACUAAACAUGAAGAAUACCCAGGAUGGUCUCUUUCAGACGUGGACAAAAUGGCCAUUGACCCUCUUCAACUUGCACAAAUGAGCAAAAGGCUGGACGAGGAUGAGGAAGACUAUGACGAAGAGGGCUAACCUUCACUUGAUGGGGGCUUAUUGCCCCAAAAUAAGCUACUGAGAUGAAUAUCAAGUGGAGGCUCAUGGAGGAAAGUUCAAAUAAAAGUAUACAAAAGCUCGAAUAGUGACCUAUUCAUUGGAGAUGAAAUGGGCUAUGCAGUAGUCCCAAUGAGGACUUGGAGGUUCUUUUCCUAUAGCAUUUGCUAACAUCCAUUUCCAGAGGUAGCUUUUGCUGACAAUGGCAGAGAGGUUAGCCUCUGCACUUUGACUCUUUGAUCAGUGUAUGAGGAAUAUGGCACCCUUAGAUAGUGGUGGAUUGACCCUCCUUUUUAAUUUUUAAUGUUUGUUUUAGAAUUUGGUACAAUUGUAAUAUUUAAAUAUUGCUCACAGUUAUCUUCUAGAAGUAAUAGUUAUGGUAGGCCUUUGAUUAAUCUGA